UACUUGUUCAUGUUUCCUUAAUAGACAGUGACUCAAACUCUUUUGCGUCACCAGAAAAUGGCAUUAUUAAGUCCGACAAGGUCUAUGAAGUCAUGCUGGCCACAGACCGAGCCCAUUUCUCCAGGUGUAAUCCCUACAUGGAUUCGCCACAGUCAAUAGGCUAUCAAGCGACCAUCAGCGCCCCACACAUGCACGCCUACGCCCUGGAGCUCCUACAUGACCAGCUGUAUGAGGGGGCCAAAGCUCUAGACGUCGGCUCCGGCAGUGGGAUCCUGUCCGUUUGCUUCGCACGAAUGGUGGGUGCUAAAGGGAAAGUUAUAGGCAUUGAUCACAUCCAAGAGCUGGUGGACGAUUCUGUAACCAAUGUGAAGAAAGACGACCCCAGCUUGAUAACAUCGGGCAGAAUCCGGCUAAUAGUGGGAGACGGGCGAAUGGGCCUUACUGAGGAAGCGCCUUAUGAUGCCAUCCAUGUCGGUGCAGCAGCUCCUAACGUCCCCCAGGCUCUUCUGGACCAGUUGAAGCCCGGCGGCCGGCUGAUUCUGCCCGUCGGCCCCGGCGGGGGGGAACCAGAUGCUGGAGCAAUACGACAAGCUGGAGGACGGCAGCACCAAAAUGAAGCCCUUGAUGGGGGUGAUUUAUGUGCCUUUAACAGACAAAGACAAGCAGUGGUCCAGGUGGAAGUGACUUCCUUCUCCCCCUCCUACCCCUCUCUCUCUCCUUCUCACAGUGGCACAGGGAUGAACUUUGAAGAGGAAACACCGCCCAUAAUCCACCUUUUUUAAGUUUGAACCUGGAGACGACUCGGAUGGGGUCCAACAGCCAUGACGGUGAAAG